CGUUAUCAGCCAGGGUCAAGUAUAUUUAAGGAAUGCGUUUGUAGUUUGAGAGCACUUGAAGGACCAUCGUCACUCAAUUUCAUCGCUCUAUUCUGGCUUUACUCAAAUAUAUUGGAGCUUGGGUUGGUUAAGCGAAGCCUUCGCCGGUUUUAUGUCGACAAUGGCUAUGAAGAUAUGGUCAAAUAUUAGUUAUUUUUGGCGAUACGAAGUCAUUUUCCAUAUUUUAGUAUCGAUUUUCCUCGGCAAUAUAUUAUUGAAUUCAAGGUUAGCGUCUUCUAAUAGAUUACACAGAGGACCACUAAAUCUGAAGAAACCAUUUGAACAGUUUCUUGAACCAAAGCUAAAGCAAGAAACUAAUGCUGUUGUCAUUGGAUACCACAUUGCAAUCGAAGAAUGCCAGUCGCGGUUCAAGUGGAACAGAUGGAACUGUACCCUGCCAAAGGCACUUUUGACUGCAACAAGGCCUAUCUCUUUGACCAAGAGUAUGCCACAUGCAAACAGAGAAACUGCCUAUAUGUACUCGAUGGUAGCUGCUGGCAUAACUUACAGCUUGAUGAAAAGUUGUUCGGAGGGGAGGAACAAUAGAUGCCCCUGUGUUGUCGAAAACAUGCGCAGCAACAGAACGCAACGAACAUGUAAGGAGAACCUGGCCUAUGCUUUCAAGAGAGCGAAGCGGGUGAUGAAGCAAAUGGAGGUCAAAGAGGUACCUAAAAUUGAGCGGAGGCAGUUCAACAUCAAGAAUUUCAAAACAGGCAUAAAGACGAUCCAAAAGGAGCUCCCCGAAGUAUGUCAUUGUUAUGGCCUAUCUGGGACAUGUUCGAAAAAGCUUUGUUGGAAGUCGAUGCCUAACAUUGUGAAAGUGAGUGAAAAACUGCGCAAGUUGUACGACGAUGCAGUGGAAGUGCAUUACGACACUGAGAAACGAUCGCUGGUCCGAACAGUGCCACAUAAGCAAGGCAUUUCUCUGCGCAAUACCGAAAUGGUAUUCUUGGAACCUUCUCCAAAUUACUGUCAUCCCUUGCUUACAGGGCAUAAAGGUACUCUUUUGCGUCAUUGUGAUCCGGAUAAUCCCAAAACCUGUGAACAUUUAUGCGAGGGAUGUGGCUACCGAACUGUCAAACGAGUUGUGUACGAAAAGAACUGCAAUAAAUGCCGUAAACAUUUUGAAUGGUGUUGUUCUGUCUUUUGCGGGAAAUGCCAUGUCACAAAGGCCCAGUGCAGGCUUCGUCCGGCGUAAACACGGGUCUUGGCUGCAGUAGUUGUUAUAAGAGAGGUAUAUGCGAUCGAGGCACCUAAAGCUCAUAAGACCACAUGAAGACAAAUGUUUUUGCGAUAUCUCUUACGGCCGCAGGUUAAAUUGUCUUAAGGUGCAAAUCAUAGAGACCGAAGAUGCCACCUGUUACAUAGCAAGUUUGCCUGGAGGAGCAGAAAGGACCCUAUGUUGUCAAGAAGUUGAAAGAACAACAACAACAAUACCCGCCAAAAAGCGAAUGUUGCCUUGGUAAUAGCCACGCAAUUUUUCACCAUUAAAUAAAAAGCUUUAUUUGACCCUGUUAUCAUUAAUUUGAUACUGCUGUAUAUUUCCAAUUGCUGUCAAUUUUGUUGUUAGUUGCCACUGUCGAAUUAUCAACUUGUUUUAACCAUCUGACGACUCUUUAGCAAUGUCGAUGCUUCCAGCGAACCGUUGAUUGAAAUUUCAGUAUUCUAACAAGUUUUGCAAUGAAUAAUUUAUUAAGAUCUUCCAGAAAACUUUGUAGAAUAAGAAUGAUAAUAAGACUUAAGUAGUUGUAAAUAUCCAGUCCAUUCUAAAUCUUUUGUUUUUUAAGAAUAUUGUGGUCUUAGUUGAAAUACGAAUUGUAUGCCUUGCUAAUUACAAGCUGCGAUGUUUUUCUUUCAGUAAUAUUUUUGAAAUGAUAAUUGUUUGUUAGACUGCUCCCCUAUAUAAAAUGACAGGGAAAAUUCCGGCCAUUCAUCCAACAGAAUUUAUCUCGUUUUUCAAAGUGAGUAGAUAUGGUACUUCGAUGGUUUAUAUAUUUUUAUAUACCCCUUGUUUGCAUCCACCUCAUACUUUUUUGGAUUUUUUCUUUGCCAUAUAAUUUUUUCCAAGCCAUUUUUCAGUCUAAAGUCCGAACCCCCCUUCGUCGAACAGGUAUAUGAAAACACUCAUACAGAAUUUUAGGAGGGAAAUGGUCUUUUGGACCCAAUUAUGACGUGUCGGGGUUUUUGCUGCGUUCCCAGCAAGGGAAGUGUCAAAGUAAAAUCAUGGGAAUACACGAAAAGUUUCUACUUACGAUUAACAUACUUCUCGAUUACGGCAUUUGAAAUAUAGUAAAGCUCUCUAUAUAUUUAGAUCGCGAUGUUCAAUUCGUUUAACAACUAAAGUAUGUUAUAGAUUCCCAGCUCGACUAUGUCAAUAUAAUGUGAAAGUAUUUGUGGAUGCUCAGAAUUCAUAAUCAAAUAUUGAAAUGUUUCAACUUAAGUUUUAGCUGUACUGCGCCCGUUAAACAAUUAUUUUUAAUUGAUGUGAUUGACAUUAAAAUUAGAUAUCAGAGUUAUUUAUUCUAGUGUAUAUUAUUAAAAGCAACAGUAAUUUCAUUAAUGCGCCGACCUUUGUAAUCAUUGUGUAGAAGAAUGACAGUGUUUAUAUUUCAA